AAGGAGCUUGCAAACAGGGAAAUUCAAACUGAAUGUGUCUGUGCUGUGGUUACUUAUAUAGCCAAGACCACAUUUCUCUUAGAAAAAGUGUUUGCUCUGUUCCUUCUUUUCCCUCUUUUUCUUCCCUAUAAGCACAAAGGCUUUAAAAACUAAGAUCUAUAGUUCCUUUUGCCUUUUUUUUUUUUUUUUUUUUUUUUGCGUUACCGUGACAGCAUGUAUCUCUGUUGCUGAAGAAUGAAGCAGGCAGGCUGGAGGUUUUUUAUGUUCAGUGCUUUUGGGACCACUAAAAAGAAGUCUGCAGAGAAAUACGUACAGCAACUGUGCCAACUGAGUUUCUCAUGACUGUUAUCUGUCACUUAUUCUGACUAAAAGGGUGAAAGAAUGAUGUGAUGGAUGUGAAUAUGGGCCGCUGGUCAGGCUCACGGCUACCUCCGUCAUGCCUUGCCCUUCUGAUUGUCAAGUUCCUGGCCUCCAUUUGCCAGGUGGCUCACGGGACUGUCCCACUUGGCUUUCACUUCACACAUUCCACUUACAAUGCCACAGUGUACGAGAAUUCUGCAGCCAGGACCUAUGUCAACAGUCAGACUAGGAUGGGCAUCACCAUGGCUGACCUUUCAUGGGAUAUCAAGUACAAAAUAGUGUCUGGUGAUGAUGAGGGCUUUUUUAAAGCAGAGGAAGUCAUCAUUGCUGACUUCUGCUUCCUCAGAAUAAGGACUAAAGGUGGGAAUUCUGCUAUAUUGAACAGAGAAAUCCAGGACAACUAUUUAUUGAUGGUAAAAGGGUCUGUCAGAGGAGAGGACUUGGAAGCAUGGACAAAAGUGAACAUCCAGGUUUUGGAUAUGAAUGACCUAAGACCUUUGUUUUCACCAACCACGUACUCUGUCACAAUAGCAGAAAGCACUCCCUUAAGGACUAGCAUUGCACAGGUGACCGCAACAGAUGCGGACAUUGGGUCCAAUGGUGAGUUUUAUUAUUACUUUAAAAAUAAAGUUGAUCUCUUCUCAGUUCAUCCUACGAGUGGUGUUAUCUCCCUAAGUGGCCGCUUAAAUUACGAUGAGAAGAACAGAUAUGACCUUGAGAUUUUGGCAGUGGACCGUGGGAUGAAGCUUUAUGGAAACAAUGGCGUAAGCAGCACCGCCAAGCUUUAUGUUCACAUUGAACGUAUAAACGAACACGCCCCAACAAUAACUGUAGUAACCCACAUUCCCUUCCCAUCAGACAAGGAACCUACCUAUGCAGUUGUUAACGUUGAUGACCUAGAUGAAGGAGCCAAUGGAGAAAUAGAAUCUGUUUCUAUUGUGGCUGGAGAUCCUCUAGAACAAUUCUUUCUGACUAAAGAGGGGAAAUGGAUGAAUGAGUACAAAAUCAAAGAAAGAAAGCCUGUUGAUUGGGACAGCUUCCCUUAUGGUUACAACCUCACUCUCCAAGCUAAGGACAAAGGAUCUCCUCAGAAAUUUUCUGCAGUCAAACUGGUCCACAUUGCUAGUCCUAAGAAGGAGAGUAUCCCCCUGAAGUUUGAAAAGGAAGCAUAUGAUGUUUUGAUAAGUGAAUUUUCACCUCCUGGUGUAGUGGUUGCAGUAGUUAAGCUGAUGCCUGAGCCACACGGUGUGGAAUACAGAAUAUCUCCAAGUGAGGACGCUGAGUAUUUUAAGAUCAAUCCCAACACAGGCCUUAUUACUACUGCUCGUCCUUUGAAAAUCAUUGAGAAGGACCUCUAUGAAUUAGAAGUAUAUGCAAACAAAGGUGGUGAUUUAAAAGCACAGGUUACUGUCAGGUUAGAGGAUGCCAACGAUCACACUCCGGAGUUCCAGCAGCUCUCCUACAGCUCAUUCGUCAAUGAAAGUGUCCCAGUGGGGUCCAGCGUUUUGGCAGUGUCAGCAGUUGAUGAAGACCAGGGAGAGAAUGGAUACAUCACAUACAGUAUUGCCAGUCUGAACUCACUGCCAUUUACAAUAAACCAGUUUACAGGUGUCAUCAGCACAUCUGAAGAACUGGAUUUUGAGUCCUCGCCGGAAAGCUACAGGUUCAUUGUGAGAGCUUCUGACUGGGGUUCUCCCUACCGCCACGAAAGUGAGGUGAAUGUCACCAUAUACAUAGGCAAUGUCAACGAUAACAAGCCCCUCUUUGAAAAAGUGGCCUGUCAGGGAGUGAUUUCAUCUGAUUUUCCUGUUGGUGGUCACAUCACUGCUGUUUCUGCAAUAGACAUAGAUGAGUUAGAGCUUGUGAAGUAUAAAAUAAUCUCUGGAAAUGAGCUUGGCAUUUUUUAUUUAAAUCCAGACUCUGGUGUCCUGCAGCUUAAAAAGUCUCUUGUUAACUCUGGCAUAAAGAACAGCAAUUUUGGCCUUAAGAUAACAGCAACUGAUGGAGAGAACUUCGCUGAUUCUAUGUUUGUUAAUAUUUCAGUAGUUCAUGGGAAAGUGUCUUCAAAGACGUUUAGCUGUAGAGAAACUAGAGUUGCUCAGAAGCUAGCAGAAAAAUUGCUCAAAAAGGCAAAAGCAAAUGUGAAGCUGAAUUUGGAAGAUGGUUUUCUUGAUUUUUAUUCAGUCAACAGGCAGGCACCUCAUUUUGACAAAUCCUUUCCUACUGAUGUAAAGGUUUCAGAAGAUCUGCCGGUUGGUGCCACCAUCCUGAGGAUAAAAGCCUAUGAUGCUGACUCGGGCUUUAAUGGAAGAGUACUUUAUACAAUUUCUGAUGGUAAUGUAGAUAGUUGUUUCAACAUUGACAUGGAGAUGGGGAUACUUAGUGUUCUCAUGCCCUUGGACCGUGAAAAAACAGAGCUCUAUCUCCUCAACAUUACGAUUUAUGACUUAGGUAAUCCACAGAAAUCUGCAUGGAGACUGCUGACUGUCACUGUGGAGGAUGCAAAUGAUAACAAGCCUGUUUUUUUGCAGGACAGUUACUCGGUUAAUAUUUUAGAAAGUACAAGUCUUGGUACAGAGAUUAUCCAGGUAGAAGCCAGGGAUAAAGACUUAGGAUCUAAUGGUGAAGUGACUUACUCAGUACUGACAGACACCCAUCAAUUUGGUGUCAACAGUUCCACAGGAGUGGUGUAUGUUGCAGAUCAGCUAGACCGGGAAGCAAAAGCAAACUACACGCUGAAGAUUGAGGCUAGGGACAGAGCGGAGAGUGGCCAUCAGCAGUUCUCCGUUGUGCCCCUGAAGGUUUUUUUGGAUGAUGUUAACGAUUGCUCUCCAGCCUUUAUCCCAUCCAGCUACAACGUGAAGGUCCUUGAGGACCUGCCGGUUGGCACUGUCAUAGCUUGGUUGGAAACUCAGGAUCCAGACCUGGGCUUGGGAGGCCAAGUCCGCUACUCGCUGGUGAACGAUUACAACGGGCGCUUCGAGAUCGACAGAGCCAGCGGCGCCAUCCGCCUGAGCAAGGAGCUCGACUACGAGAAGCAGCAGUUCUACAACCUGACCGUGCGUGCCAAGGACAAGGGGCGCCCCGUUUCUCUCUCCUCUCUUUCUUUUGUGGAAGUUGAAGUGGUGGAUGUUAACGAAAAUCUUUAUAGCCCUUAUUUUCCUGACUUUGCUGUCAUUGGAUCUGUAAAGGAAAACUCCCGCAUUGGAACAAGUGUUUUGCAAGUUGUUGCUCGAGAUGAGGACUCUGGAAGAGAUGGGGAGAUCCAGUAUUCCAUCAGGGAUGGCAGUGGCCUGGGGAGAUUCAGCAUCGAUGAAGAAACUGGAGUUAUCUACACAGCAGAUAUUCUUGACCGGGAGACCACCAAAUCCUACUGGUUGACGGUAUAUGCGACUGAUCAUGGUGUUGUCCCACUCUACACCACCAUCGAAGUCUACAUUGAAGUGGAGGACGUGAAUGACAAUGCCCCUCUCACCUCUGAGCCUAUCUAUUACCCAGUUGUCAUGGAGAACUCUCCAAAGGAUGUAUCUGUCAUUCAGAUCCAAGCCCAGGACCCUGACUCCAGCACUAAUGACAAACUGACCUACCGGAUUACAAGUGGAAAUCCCCAGAACUUCUUUGUAAUCAAUCCCAAAACAGGUCUGAUUACUACAACAUCAAGAAAAUUGGAUCGGGAACAGCAAGCAGAACAUUUUUUAGAGGUGACUGUCUCAGAUGGGGGCACAUCUCCCAAGCAGUCCUCUGUGUGGGUGGUGGUCCGGGUUCUGGAUGAGAAUGACAACAAGCCACAGUUCUCAGAGAAAGCCUACAAGAUCAAGCUGCCCGAGAGGGACCGCAAGAAAAGGGGGGAGCCAAUCUACAGAGCUUUUGCAGUUGACAAAGACGAAGGCCCUAAUGCAGAAAUCUCGUACAGCAUUGUGGAUGGCAACGACGAUGGGAAGUUUUUCAUUGAUCCCAAAACAGGGAUGGUUUCUUCCAGAAAGCAGUUCACAGCAGGGAGUUACGACAUCUUAACAAUAAAAGCAGUGGACAAUGGCCGGCCCCAAAAAUCCUCAACUGUGCGUCUCCACAUAGAGUGGAUAAAAAAGCCGGCGCCCUCGCCCGUGCCCCUGACCUUCGACGAGCCCUUCUACAACUUCACCGUCAUGGAGAGUGACAAAGUGACCGAGAUGGUCGGGGUGGUCUCGGUGCAGCCCUCCAGCAUCCCGCUCUGGUUCGACAUCGUCGGAGGGAAUUACGAUAGUUCUUUCGACGUGGAUAAGGGAGUGGGCACUAUUGUCGUUGCAAAGCCCUUGGAUGCAGAGCAGAGGUCAAUGUAUAAUAUGACUGUGGAGGUCACCGAUGGAACAAACAUUGCCACAACUCAGGUUCUUAUCAAAGUGUUGGAUAACAAUGAUAAUGGCCCAGAAUUCUCUCAGUCAAGUUACGACGUCACCAUUUCAGAGGACAUCCUCCCUGAUACUGAAAUUCUGCAGAUUGAAGCUAUAGACAGAGAUGAAAAGCAUAAGCUGAGCUACACCAUUCACAGCAGCAUCGACACAGUCAGCAUGAGAAAAUUCAGAAUUGAUCCCAACACUGGGGUUCUCUAUACCGCUGAGAGAUUAGACCAUGAAGCUCAAGAUAAGCACAUCCUUAAUGUCAUGGUCCGAGAUCAAGAAUUCCCUUAUAGAAGAAACCUGGCCAGAGUCAUCAUAGAUGUGGAAGACUCCAAUGACCACAGUCCUUACUUCACCAGCCCAUUGUAUGAAGCCUCAGUGUUUGAAUCAGCAGCAGUUGGAUCAGCAGUGUUGCAAGUCACAGCUCUGGACAAAGACAAAGGAGAAAAUGCAGAGCUUAUCUACACUAUUGAAGCAGGAAACACGGGAAACACAUUCAAGAUUGAACCAGUUUUAGGCAUCAUUACAUUACUCAAGGAGCCAGACUUAACCACAAUGGGACAGUUUGUUUUGUCGGUCAAAGUGACUGAUCAAGGUUCUCCAGCGCUGUCUGCAACAGCAAUUGUGCGGAUCUCUGUGACGAUGGCAGAUAACUCCCACCCUAAGUUCACUCUAAAAGAAUACCAAGCAGAAGUUAAUGAAAAUGUGGAUAUUGGUACUUCUGUCAUUUCUCUCUCUGCAAUCAGUCAGUCCACAUUAGUUUAUGAGGUUAAAGAUGGCAAUGUUGAUGGAGUCUUCACUAUAAACCCAUAUUCUGGAGUGAUCACCAGUCAAAAGGCCCUUGAUUAUGAGCGGGCUUCCUCCUAUCAGCUCAUCGUGCAGGCAACUAAUAUGGCAGGCAUGGCCUCAAAUGCCACUGUGAACAUUCAGAUUGUUGAUGAAAAUGAUAAUCCACCAGUUUUUCUCUUCUCUCAGUACUCAGGCAGCAUAAGUGAAGCUGCUCCCGUGAACAGCGUGGUCCGGAGUGCGAAUAACAGUCCCCUUGUGAUACGUGCCACUGAUGCUGACAGCAACCAGAACGCUUUGCUUGUCUACCAGAUUGUUGAGUCAACUGCAAAAAAGUAUUUCACAGUAGAUUCCAGUACAGGUGCAAUCAGAACAAUUGCAAAUUUAGAUCAUGAAACAAUAGCCCGCUUCCAUUUCCAUGUUCAUGUUAGAGACAGUGGGAAUCCCCAACUUACAGCGGACAGCCCAGUUGAAGUGACCAUUGAGGUCACUGAUGUCAAUGACAACCCACCAGUCUUCAGUCAGGCCGUGUUUGAGACAGUCUUGCUCCUGCCCACAUACAUUGGUGUUGAGGUUCUCAAAGUCAAAGCUUCAGACCCAGAUUCAGAGAUCCCUCCAGAACUAACAUUUAGUAUAAUUGAAGGCAAUAUGGAUCAUUUUUUAAUUGACUCAAGCACAGGGGUACUCACCAUUAAAAACAACAGUCUCUCCAAAGACCAUUAUAUGCUAAUAGUAAGAGUAUCUGAUGGGAAAUUUUAUAGCACUGCUAUGGUGACAAUAAUGGUAAAAGAAGCUAUGGAUAGUGGACUCCAUUUCACACAAAAUUUUUAUUCCACUUCUAUCUCAGAAAACACUACCAAUAUCACAAAGAUCGCUGUGGUGAAUGCUGUUGGCAACCGCCUCAACGAGCCUUUGAAAUACAGCAUAUUAAACCCAGGAAACAAAUUUAAAAUCAAAUCCACCUCUGGAGUCAUUCAGACCACUGGCAUCCCCUUUGACCGAGAGGAACAGGAGCUGUAUGAGCUGGUGGUGGAAGCAAGCCGUGAGCUAGACCACCUCCGUGUCGCUCGAGUCGUGGUGAGAGUUUACAUUGAGGACAUAAACGACAAUGCCCCGGUGUUUGUGGGGCUUCCAUAUUACGCUGCUGUGCAGGUUGAUGCUGAACCUGGUACCCUGAUAUAUCGGGUGACAGCUAUUGAUAAAGACAAGGGUGACAAUGGCGAGGUGUCAUACCUGCUGAAGGAAGACUAUGGACAUUUUGAAAUUGAUAGAGAAUCUGGUAGCGUCACUUUAAAAGAAGCCUUCAAUUCCGAUUUGUCUAAUAUAGAGUACUUGGUUGUCGUUCUUGCCAAAGAUGGAGGUAACCCAUCACUGUCUGCGUUGGUAGAGCUCCCCAUUACUAUUGUUAACAAAGCAAUGCCUGUGUUCGACAAGCCCUUCUAUACAGCUUCCGUCAAUGAAGAUGUAGAAAUGCACAUGCCAAUUUUAAGCAUAAAUGCAACCAGUCCAGAAGGCCAGGGUAUCAUUUAUAUCAUUGUUGAUGGAGAUCCCUACAACCAGUUUAAUAUCGACUUUGAUACUGGAGUUCUGAGUGUCAUCAGCCCACUGGACUAUGAAAUAAAUUCUCUUUUCAAGCUGACGGUGCGAGCCAGCGAUGCUCUCACUGGCGCUCGUGCCGAGGUAACUGUGGACUUGAUAGUUAAUGAUGUUAAUGAUAAUCCUCCAGUUUUUGAUCAGUCAGCUUAUAAUGCUACUCUGUCCGAAGCUUCUUUGAUCGGGACUCCUGUACUGCAGGUUGUUGCUACUGAUGCCGACUCCGACAAUAACAAGAUUGUACAGUACCAGAUAGUCCAGGACACCUUUAACAGCACUGACUAUUUCCAUAUAGACAGCAGCAGUGGCCUAAUUCUGACAGCCCGGAUGCUGGAUCAUGAACUCAUACAGCAGUGCAGCUUGAAAGUCAGAGCAACUGAUAAUGGGUUCCCACCUCUGAGCAGUGAGGUUCUCAUUAGUAUCUCAAUAACAGAUAUGAAUGACAACCCUCCCGUUUUUAACCAGUUAAUAUAUGAAUCAUAUGUGAGCGAACUGGCACCCCGGGGUCAUUUUGUGACUUGUGUCCAAGCUUCUGAUGCCGACAGCUCUGACUUUGACAGACUGGAGUACAGCAUCCUAUCAGGAAAUGAUCGGACGAGUUUCAUUAUGGACAGCAAGAGCGGUGUGAUCACCCUUUCCAACCAUCGCAAGCAGAGGAUGGAGCCCAUGUACAGCCUGAACGUCUCUGUGUCAGACGGGCUGUUCACCAGCACGGCUCAGGUGCACAUACAGAUCCUCGGGGCCAACCUCUACAGCCCUGUGUUUUCACAGAGCAUUUAUGUUGCAGAGGUUAGAGAAAACGCUGCUCCUGGAACGAAGGUAAUCCAUGUGAAGGCAACAGACGGGGAUUCAGGUGUAUAUGGCCAGAUCAGCUACUCCAUAAUUAAUGACUUCGCCAAGGACCGAUUUUUGAUUGACGCAAAUGGGCAGAUUCUGACAACUGAGAGGUUAGACCGUGAGAACCCACUGGAAAGUGAUAUCGAUAUAUUCCUGAGAGCCCUUGAUGGAGGUGGCAGGACUACAUUUUGCACUGUGAGAGUGAUAGUAGUGGAUGAGAAUGACAAUGCUCCCGUAUUUAUGACGGUAGAAUACAGAGCAAGUGUCAAAGCAGAUGUUGGGAAAGGUUACUUGGUGACCCAAGUGCAAGCAGUAGAUCCAGAUGACGGAGCCAAUUCCAGAAUUACCUAUUCUCUGUAUAGUGAAGCCUCUGUUCCAGUAGCUGAUCUGCUUGAAAUAGAUCCAGAUAAUGGAUGGAUGGUCACCAAGGGUAGCUUUAGCCAGCCGAAAAACACUGUUCUGUCAUUCUUUGUCAAAGCAGUUGAUGGUGGCAUUCCUGUAAAGCAUUCUCUCAUUCCUGUCUACAUCCAUGUUUUACCACCAGAAACCAUUUUGCCUUCUUUUUCUCAACCUCAGUAUUCUUUCACUGUGGCAGAAGACACCCUCAUAGGCAGUACCAUUGACAUUCUGCAUGUUUUGCCCAAUCAGGGUGCUUUGUAUAGCACAGUUAAUGGUGAGCUACCUGAAAACAACAAAGAUGGGGUUUUCAUCAUAGAGAAAGACACAGGGCUCAUAAAAUUGGAUAAGAGACUCGACCACGAAAUAAAUCCCGCCUUUCACUUCAAAGUUGCGGCCACAAUUCAGUUAGACAAAGUAGACGUUGUGCUGACCGUGGAUGUGGAGGUGAAGGUGUUGGAUGUAAAUGACAACAAGCCUGUGUUUGAAGCAGCUAGCUACGAUGCUAUAAUAAUGGAGGGGAUGCCUAUAGGAACAAAACUUAUGCAAGUCAAAGCGGUUGAUGCAGACUCGAGUGCCAAUGGGCAGGUCACGUACACGCUUGCGGUGGAAUCGGAGCUGCAGAAGAUCACAGAAGCAUUCGCCAUUGAUAGCAACAGUGGCUGGAUCAGUACACUGAAGGACCUGGACCAUGAAAAGGAUUCUGCUUUCACCUUUGCAGUGGUGGCCUCAGAUCUGGGGGAAACUUUGUCCUUGUCCUCAACCACCUUGGUCUCAGUUACUGUGACAGAUAUAAAUGAUAAUGCACCCGUCUUUGAGCACGAGGUGUACAGAGGGUCAGUGAAGGAGAGUGACCCUCCAGGGGAAGUUGUGGCUGUUCUUAGCACCUGGGAUGAAGAUACAUCUGAUGUCAAUCGGCAGGUUAGCUACCACAUUACAGGAGGGAAUCCCAGAGGAAAAUUCGCUCUGGGACUGGUUCAGAAUGAGUGGAAAGUUUAUGUUAAAAGGCCUCUGGAUCGGGAAGAGCAAGACAUUUAUUAUCUGAACAUCACCGCCACAGAUGGCCUUUUUGUGACCCAAGCUGCUGUGGAAGUGACUGUCACUGAUGUCAAUGAUAAUAAUCCAGUUUGUGCACAGGUUGCAUACACAGCAUUGUUUCCUGAGGACAUUCCACCAAACAAAGUAAUUCUCAAAAUCAGUGCUAAAGAUGCUGACAUCGGGUCCAAUGGUGAAAUUCGCUAUUCUCUGUAUGGUUCGGGGAACAACAAAUUUUUCUUAGAUCCAGAAAAUGGUGAGCUGAAAUCUUUGGCCCCUCUUGACCGAGAGAAAAUCCCUGUAUACAACUUGGUUGCCCGAGCCACUGAUGGUGGUGGCAGGUUUUGCCAGUCAGAAAUCCGUCUUAUUUUAGAAGAUGUUAAUGAUAAUCCACCAGUGUUUUCAUCUGACCACUACACUGCCUGUGUCUAUGAGAACACAGCCACUAAAGCUUUGUUAACAAGAGUCCAAGCAACUGAUCCUGAUGUUGGCGUGAACAGAAAAGUCACCUAUUCCCUGUCAGACUCUGCAGAUGGUUUCUUCUCAGUUGACCGGUCAUCAGGAAUCAUUAUUUUGGAGCAUCCACUUGAUAGAGAGCUUCAGUCCUCCUAUAACAUCACUGUAAAGGCCUCAGAUCAAAGCAUUGUGCUGACCUUAUCCUCAUUUGCCACUGUUACCAUUACAGUGCUAGACAUUAAUGACAACCCUCCCGUGUUCGAAAGAAGAGAUUAUCUUGUUACAGUGCCUGAAGACACCUUGCCUGGCACCGAGGUCCUUUCUGUUUUUGCUACAAGCCAAGACAUUGGUACAAAUGCUGAGAUUGCCUAUCUCAUCAGAUCAGGGAAUGAGAAAGGGAAGUUCAGGAUUAACUCCAAAACAGGGGUGAUUUCCAUUUCUGAAGCUUUGGAUUUUGAGUCGUGCAAGGACUUCUACUUGGUAGUGGAAGCGAAGGACGGGGGCACGCCGGCGCUGAGCGCGGUGACGACGGUGAACGUGAACGUGACGGACGUCAACGACAACGCGCCCGCCUUCAGCCAGGCCGUCUACAGCGCCGUCAUCAGCGAGGACGCGGCCGUCGGGGACUCCGUGCUCAUGUUGAUAGCAGAAGAUCUGGACAGUCCUCCCAAUGGUCAGAUUCAUUUUUCCAUAGUGAAUGGGGAUCAAGACAACGAAUUUUCAGUUGAUCCUGUUUUGGGACUCGUGAAGGUUAAAAAGAAAUUGGAUAGAGAAAGGAUAUCUGGUUAUUCAUUAGUUGUCCAGGCAAGAGACAGUGGUAACCCUCCUUUGUCUUCAUCUGCCACGGUCAAUGUGGACAUUUCUGAUGUGAAUGAUAACAGCCCUGUGUUUACUCCAGCUAACUACACAGCUGUAAUUCAAGAAAAUAAACCAGUGGGCACAAGCAUUUUGCAGCUGGUAGUGACAGACAAAGACUCUUUUCACAAUGGCCCCCCUUUUACCUUCACCAUCCUCACUGGCAAUGAAGAGGAGGAGUUUACACUGGACCCUCAUGGCGUUUUGAGAUCUGCAGUCAUCUUCAAGCACAUGGUCUCAACUGAGUAUGUGCUCUGUGUGCAGGCAAAGGACUCCGGGAAGCCUCAGCAGGUUUCCCAUACCUAUGUUCAGGUGAGGGUUAUUGAAGAGAGCAUUCACAAACCAACAGCCAUUCCACUGGAGAUUUUCAUUGUCACCAUGGAAGAUGAUUUUCCUGGGGGAGUCAUUGGGAAAAUUCAUGCCACGGAUCAGGAUGUGUACGACGUCCUCACCUACACGCUAAAAUCAGAGCAGAAAAGUCUGUUCAAGGUCAACAGCCAUGACGGGAAGAUCAUCGCCCUCGGAGGGCUGGAUAACGGCAAGUACGUCCUGAAUGUCUCCGUGAGCGACGGCCGCUUCCAGGUGCCCAUCGACGUCGUGGUCCACGUUGAGCAGCUGCUGCAGGAAAUGCUGCAGAACACGGUCACCAUCCGCUUCGAGAGCGUUUCCCCGGAGGACUUCGUGGGCCUGCACAUGCACGGCUUCAGGCGCACCCUGCGCAACGCCGUGCUGUCCCAGAAGCAGGACAGCCUGCACAUCAUCAGCAUUCAGCCGGUGGCGGGCAGCAGCCAGCUCGACAUGCUGUUUGCCGUGCAGAUGCACAGCGGUGGUUUCUAUAAGCCUGCCUAUUUGAUUCAGAAGCUUACCAAUGCGAGGAGACACUUGGAAAAUGUGAUUCGUAUUUCUGCUAUCCUGGAGAAGAAUUGCUCCGGACUGGAUUGUCAGGAGCAGCACUGUGAGCAAAGUCUGUCUAUUGAUUCGCAUUCCCUGAUGACUUACAGCACGGCACGAAUUAGUUUUGUGUGUCCCCGCUUCUACAGGAAUGUGCGCUGCAUGUGCAAUGGAGGACUCUGCCCAGGGUCCAACGAUCCCUGUCUGGAGAAGCCAUGUCCAGGGGACAUGCAGUGUGUGGGGUAUGAAGCCAGCCGGAGACCAUUCAUCUGCCAGUGCCCACCAGGAAAGCUUGGCGAGUGUUCAGGCCACACUUCCCUUAGCUUUGCUGGGAAUAGCUACAUUAAAUACCGUGUUUCUGAAAAUAGCAAGAAAGAGGAAUUCAAGUUGGCUCUCCGUCUGCGAACCCUGCAAAGCAAUGGGAUUAUAAUGUACACCAGAGCGAAUCCCUGUAUAAUUCUGAAGAUUGUCGAUGGCAAACUCUGGUUCCAGUUGGAUUGCGGAAGUGGCCCGGGAAUCCUGGGAAUUUCUGGCAGGGCCGUUAAUGAUGGAAGCUGGCAUUCGGUCUUCCUGGAGCUGAACCGCAAUUUCACGAGCCUGUCCCUGGACGACAGCUACGUGGAGCGCCGCAAAGCGCCCCUGUACUUCCAGACGCUCAGCACAGACAGCUCCGUCUACUUCGGCGCCCAGGUGCAGGUGGACAACGUCCGCAGCCUCACUGACAAGAGGACAACGCAGGUCCUGAGCGGCUUCCAGGGCUGCCUGGACUCGGUCGUGCUCAACAACAACGAGCUGCCCCUGCAGAACAAGCGCAGCAGCUUCGCAGAAGUGGUCGGCCUGACGGAGCUGAAGCUUGGCUGCGUCCUUUAUCCCGAUGCCUGUGAGAGACACCCGUGCCAGAACGGCGGCACCUGUACUGCCGUGCCAUCUGGUGGGUACCAUUGCAAUUGCCUCUCGCAGUUUACAGGACGGAAUUGUGAGUCAGAGAUCACAGCCUGCUUCCCAAAUCCUUGCAGGAAUGGAGGCUCAUGUGAUCCCAUCGGCAAUGCUUUCAUCUGCAGCUGCAAAAAUGGACUGACAGGAGUAACGUGUGAAGAAGACAUCAACGAGUGUGAAAGAGAAGAAUGUGAAAACGGUGGCUCCUGUGUCAACAUCUUUGGUUCCUUUCUGUGUAACUGCACCCCUGGCUAUGUGGGUCAAUACUGUGGUCUUCGGCCCGUGGUGGUUCCCAAUAUACAAGCUGGGCAUUCCUACGUUGGCAAGGAGGAGCUGAUAGGCAUAGCCGUGGUCCUGUUUGUCAUAUUUGUGUUAAUCGUUCUUUUCAUCAUUUUUCGCAAGAAAGUUUUCAGGAAGAACUAUUCCCGCAACAACAUCACGCUCGUGCAGGACCCGGCUACUGCAGCCCUGCUCAACAAGAGCAAUGGCAUCCAAUUCAAGAACAUCAGGAACAGUGGAGACAGCAGAAAUAUCUAUCAAGAGGUUGGGCCUCCACAGGUGCCAGUGAGGCCAAUGGCCUAUACCCCGUGCUUCCAGAGUGACUCACGGAAUAACCUGGACAAGAUAGUGGAUGGGCUUGGUGUGGAGCACCAGGAGAUGACAACGUUUCAUCCCGAGUCCCCUCGAAUACUGACAGCCAGGAGGGGGGUGGUGGUGUGCAGUGUAGCUCCAAACUUGCCUGCUGUGUCUCCCUGUCGCUCCGACUGUGACUCCAUCAGGAAGAGCACAUGGGAUGCUGGGACAGAAAGUAAAGGGGUUGAUGACGCUGAAGAAGUCACCUGUUUUUCAGGAAGUAAUAAAGGCAGCAACUCUGAAGUACAGUCCCUCAGCUCCUUCCAAUCUGACUCUGGAGAUGAUAAUGCUUCCAUAGUGACUGUCAUACAGCUUGUCAACAAUGUAGUUGACACUAUAGAAAAUGAAGUGUCUGUUAUGGAUCAAGGACAGAACUACAACAGAGCGUAUCACUGGGAUACCUCUGACUGGAUGCCCAGUGCUCGCCUGUCCGACAUUGAGGAGGUGCCCAAUUUUGAGACGGCAGAAGGAGGCUCGGCUCAUCACGGCAGUACCAGAGAGCUGGAAACAGAUUACUACCUUGGUGGCUACGACAUCGACAGCGACUACCCUCCCCCUCACGAAGAGGAGUUUUUGAGCCAGGACCAGUUACCACCUCCUCUCCCAGAGGAUUACCCAGACCAGUAUGAAGCCCUCCCACCCUCGCAGCCAGUCUCCAUGGCAAGUACUCUCAGCCCUGACUGCAGGAGACGGCCGCACUUCCACCCGAGCCAAUACCUCCCUCCCCACCAGUUCCCCAAUGAGACGGACACCACAGGAUCUCAGAGUGGGAACGAAUUUAGUACUUUUGCUGCUGGCCCAAGCCAGAACACAGAAAAUGUUAGUGCAGGUAAGAUGCCCUUAUCCUUGCACAACUCUCUCAACGCCUCCUCCUCUGACGUCUCAGCCGGCUGCGGCUUUGAUGACUCCGAAGUAGCCAUGAGUGACUUUGAAAGCGUGGAGGAACUCAGCCUAGAAAAUGUUCACAUUCCAUUUGUGGAGACUCAGCAGCAGACACAAGUGUAAAGGAAGCUCCUUUCUUCUUCCUUCUCCUCUUCUUUUUUUUUUUUAAUUUUGUCAUUUGGUCCAAUUAAUAGUAUAAAUAUUGAGAAGAAAUUUUGCUGAAGGUGUGUCUAUAUAUAUAUUGGGCAAAGAAAAGUACAGUAUAACCCAUUAUUAACUUGUUCAGAAAUGAUACUGUAUGUGCAGACACGAAGAGACCAAUUGUGUUAAGUAUUGUACAUCACAAAAUUGUUACAGACAAUCUGGAGAGUGUGUACCUUCUAUUUAUUAUCAAGAAUAAAACUCAGCUUUUGAGGCAGGGGAAAAAUAACUGCUAAAUAAUUUCUUUCUCUCUCACAAA